AAUGACAGUGGGAGGAUACAAGCGGCCACCACACCCCCGCUUUCUUACGCAACAUUACGCACACAGAUAGGCAACAUAAGCAGGAAACUUCAGUGUACUCGGGUUAGUCGCUGAGUGUUAUAACCGUCGACGUCGUUCAUCCCAUCUCUGUAAGGGUAAUCAACAUGGUCGUGCUUUCAAAAGAGUAUGGAUUGGUGGCCUUAACCGGUGUUGCCAGCAUUAUGAUGGUUGGACACCUGGCCAUCAGAGUUGGCAAGGCCCGCAAGAAGUACAACGUGCCAUUACCUCAGAUGUACAGUGAUGACACAGAAAAUGGAAACAUUUUCAACUGUAUCCAGCGUGCACACCAAAACACGCUGGAGAUCUACCCCGCCUUUCUUUUCUGUCUGGCUGUUGGUGGUUUACAUUGUCCUCGUCUGGUCAGUGGACUGGGAUUUGUAUGGAUUAUAAGCAGAGAGGUGUACGCACAUGGGUACUCAACAGGAGAUCCUAAGAAAAGAAUGAGGGGAGCGUUUGGGAACGUCGCUUUGCUCGGGAUGAUGCUGUCCACGGCCUGCUGCGGAUGUCACAUGUUGGGCUGGGCAGGACCACGGAUGAGGCACUUCGGUCGCAUGCCGCAUAGCCUGCCGAUUAGCCAGUGAAGAGGACCUCAUGAUUGUUAUCGUGGCCACUUCACGUGCACCAUGUACCAUGCAGAAUGUGUGUUAACCUUUUGGCUAGUUUAACAUUUGAAAGCAGGUAAAAUUCAUGUCGUCAAGUGACCUGACUGGUUCUUCAGGAAUGGAAAUACCUCAUUUGGAAUAGUUAACAGAUGUGGUGUAAUCACCUGUUGGCACCUGUCAGUGUGACUAGAGUUUUUCAUCUGCACCCUGGUUUUGAAGUCAUUAAAUGAAUCGACCACUUGACUUCUCAUAUCAUAUGUAAUUUUAUGCCAAGCGAGACUGUGGAGAAAAGAGACAUUUUAGAGGGAAAUUAGCCUUUGAUGUUUGAUUGCCUUUACUUUUUGAUAGAAUAUUACUUCACUUUUUGCAUUUCCUAAGCUGUGUAAAAGUCAGAUUUUGUACCACCAUGAAUAACUGGGAAUGUUUAGUCAAAUAAACUGCUGUUGUAGGGCUUGUAAGUCUUAUAUUAGAAAUCCAUUCCAAAUCCUAAAAAAAAUGUAGGUUUCUCUUACUGACAAUAAAGGUGGACUGAUCAUA